AUGAGCAUCAAAUUAGAAGGUGUAGAAGCAUCUACCGUGACCCGGGAGACUAGACAAACCUCCCAAAUUAAUAUGAUCUUUGCGUACAUUGAUAAAUCAUUGGAAUCAUUAGUGCCGGAGAAAAAGGAAGAUGUCGCCAAGAUAAGUCUUUCCGACUAUAAAUUGGAUAAUAUCAAUAUCUGUGAAGCGAUACAUGAAAGAUAUAAUGCUGAGAUAAUUGGGAAAAAUUUAUUUAUCAAGUAUGAUGGAUAUGAUAAGGAAGAAAUUCACUACCAACUAACAAAUUCAGCCAGGACACAUAACCCAAACUGGGGCGUAAAUUCUAAUGUAAUAUGUGUGGUAGGAGGUGAUAAUUUUCGACCAGAUAUUGGCAUUUGGUUUCGGAAGCCAACAUUUGCACAACGGUCAAGGCCCAUUGCCAACUCGUGCCCACCUCCAAACGUAUGGAUAGAGGUUUUCUAUAACAGAGAGCCAGAUCGUAGUCACGCUUUAUCUAAAAUUGAUUUAAUUCAGCAACACUUGACAAACAUAGAAUAUGUCGGAAUCGCUAUCCCCUAUGCAGUCAAUCCAAUUCACCAGAACCAAAAUCCCUGGACAGUUACGACACCUGCAACUCCAACACCCGAAAUGCCUGCCAGAGCCCCAUAUAUAAUCCAUUUGCGGGAUGUGAAUAGCAUUCCGGUUUAUUAUAGAAUGGACUGGAAUGAACAUCUAGUCCUUAGAUGUGAUUGGAGAAUUGAAUUCAACAUUGUGCUUAAUGUAAUUUCUCAACCUUAG